AUGGAGAUACCUUGUACAGAAAAGACUUUCCCUGUCUUAUUAGGAUCUAGCAAUGGAAAGACAAAUUUCCAACUAAUAGCCUACUCUGAUUUGUAUGAAACUGUAUUAAAUAUCCUGUUUAUUUCUCAAAUAUAGAUUGCGGUGGGAGGCUUCUCAGAUGCAGCUGAUUAUACUUCUAUAAAUCCUUUCACAGAAAUACCUUAUUUCUAUACUAAUGUCGUUCCAGAAACUUAAAUCAACGCAACCUUUGUGGGAACUUACGACAAACUGGGAAAUGCCAAGUGGGCAAAAUAUGUAAAUAAUUUUCCCGUAUUAUAUUAUGAUUUAGAUUUGUAAAAAUCAGCAGCUCAUACAGUUACUAUCUAUACUGCUAUUGAUGCUCAAACCUUAAUAAUCGUUGGUGGAUUUACCGUCUUAAUUGAUGAUAUCGAUACUUCACUUGAGAAUAAGACAGCUUGCCUAUUUUUAUUCGAUCAAUAGUUGAACUUAUUGGAUACAUUUAUUCCUCAUACUGAAGAGGCACCUCUUAAUCCUGCCGAAAUGAUUUCAAAAGUGUACUAUUUGAAGACUCGCUCCUAUAAAACCCUGGCUACUAUUGAUGAGUUUGUAUUUGGUUGUGCAGAUUCUAAUUAUGAGUAGCCAAUAUUUGUUUCAAAAGUUUACAUUAGAGUAGAUAUAGACACAAGCUUUAGGAAUCUAUAAUCUUUGAAUCAUCAAAUUACGUUACAAUAAAGAGAAGAAGAUCUUCAUUCUGUCUGUGUUACGAUGAAACCAAUUAAUAGUACAUUUCUGACAAUUUUAGUGAAGCAAUUGAUUGGGGGUUUUGAAUUCGCUCAGGUCUCUAUUAACUAUAUAAAGAAUACAGCUUAAGUCAAAUAUAUUAUGAUGGAUAACACUCUAUCGGCUUUUAUGUUUUCUCAUGCAACAAUUUUAAGCUAUGAUAAGUUUUUCUUUUGUGGAUUUACAAAGAGUGGGUUGCUGAAAGUUCAAUAACCUUUUAAUUAAACAAAUAUGAAUGGCUUCUUUAUGAGUAGUGUUUAAGAAGAAAGUUAUCUACCUUUCAUAAAAAUAUCCUAAAACUUAGAUUCAAAAUAGUUUUUGCAAACUCCCUCUUCAAAUUUUACACUACUUACACUUGAUACAAGAUCACCAUUUGCAGAUAAUUUAUAGUUCUAAUAAAAUCUGAUGACAAAUAAUCUAUCUAGAGUAAAGAUAGAAUUCGCAGAUUUAUACUAUAUUGACGUCUAUAUAAAUGAAGAAAAUUAAGUGCUUAAUCUACCAAGUUGUCUAGCUAAUGAUGAAUAUACAGUUAAUUUUUAUACUAAGUUAAAUGGUAAUGAUGCAGAUCUAGCUUAUAAAGUGCAGACUUGUCUAUCAUUCACUAAUAAAAUCUUUAAACCGCUUAAAAUUAAUUUCAGGGAUAAAUGCAUCGAAGGAGGAAUCUUAAGGAGUGUAGUAGUUAAUGGAACUUAAUUCACAUACUAUAAGACUUAUCCUGCCAUUCGUAUUCCAUUAAUUAAAAAUGUUUCUAAAUCCUACUGCUAAUAUACAUACUCUUUAAAUUCUAGUUUAGACACAACCAGAUACGCAUCAAUCGGUAGUUAUUCAUUUUCGUAUGAUAGUCUACUGAUCUAUUCAGAUUUCAAAUCUUUUAUCUAGAAUGAUACUUUUGUAUUCUAGGUCUAGCUAAAAGUUGGUACUGAGUUAGUCAAAUCAGGAAGCUUUAAAGUUAAUAUGAAGAUUGAAAACUGCUUUUAUUCUGAGUUUUAGAAAUAACAAUAAAAAGACUUAAUUUAUAAAAUUGGAAUUACUGGGGGGAUUUUCAUAUCACUUCAAAGGUGGAAAUAAUCUAUGCUAUCCUGUCCAGUUAUUAUUUUAUAACUUUUUAUAAACGAGGAAUUGGUAUCAGAAUAUUAUCCAUUAAAUCCGAUUUCUUAUAAUCAAUUGGAAUCAUAUAUUAAGAUUAACACUUCUGAUGAAUCGCUUGCUGAUAAAACAUCAGUAAUAAGAAUAAGUGGUAGUAACACAUUUAAAGUAGAGGAAGUAUCAUUUAACAUUAAGUUUAAGUUGAAUAAAGUUCCUGUAAUAGAAGAGAAGACCAAUAAUUUGACAGCAUACAAUAUUAAUCACACUCCUAAAACAAUAGAGAAAAAAGAUUCAGUGAACAAAGUCCAAGUUAAUGUGAUAUCUUUGAAUUAACAGGGAAUUUUAGCCUUGCAAUUUAGCUAAAAAUUCAAACUUAAAACCAAUUCUAGCUCUAGCAAUAACACUCGGCAACUAUAAAUAAUUGAUAGCUCAAUACUCAAGCUAUUUAAAAUAAUAUUUCCUAAUCCUAAAAAUGUUUCUGCUGAAAAUGAUUACGACACUCUUGAGGUGAUAUUUUCAGAUACAAAACAAGGGUCCUACCAUAAAAAACAAACUCAAGUAAGAAUACAUAAUGCACCUAAUUAUUUAGGCUUAACUUAGUUGGCUGGUGAAACUAUUUCCAAGGUUGGCACUAGUAUGGCUGCCUCUUUUUCAACUAACAUCGCUCUAUCGGUAUUUUUAGGAGUCUCUUUGAAAAAUCUUUGGACUUUAAUGAAUACAUUAUAAAUCUUCAUUUACUAUCCAUUACUUGAAAUAGGCUUACAGUCUAAUGUUAUCAUGAUGAUAACUUAAUUAAAGGAUGUAGUAAAUCUAAACUUUAUACCCAAAGAUUUCUUGAGCGAUAUAUUUGGAAAUAUAUAUGAUGAUAUUGAUGCUGAUCCAGUACUUUAAACAAUAGAUAUCUUUUAAAACUUCUAAUUAUACUUCUGA